AUGGCGAUGAACAGCAUUCUCAACGCUGCCGACAUCAAGAAAGCUCUAGACGCCUUCGCAGCGGCUGACUCUUUUGACCAUAAGAAAUUCUUUGAGAUGGUGGGUCUGAAGGCCAAGUCAGCUGAGGAUGUGAAGAAAGCCUUCCUGGUGCUGGACGCUGACGCCAGCGGAUUCAUAGAGGAGGAGGAGCUCAAGUUCGUACUGAAGGGAUUUGCCUCAGACGGCAGGGACCUGACCGACAAAGAAACCAAAGCAUUCUUAAACGAAGCUGACAAGGAUGGAGACGGCAUGAUCGGCAUCGAUGAGUUCGUUGCCCUGGUGCACGAGUAAUAGACACCUUCCUAAACCGACUAGCGCUCCACCACCCAGCCCCGAUACUCCCCCUCUUCCAGUCUGCAGCCGACCCCCCACACGCACCCCUUCCUCCCCCACCUCAUCCCUCCACCUGCCCUCACUGACACCCAGCUCUCUCCCACUCAAGCGCACGACUACUACUGCACCGGAGGAAGGGUGUCGUGGCUCCCGCCCCCACCCCGCUAACUUACCCCUCUCCCCCACUCCCACUCCCACCCACAACCCCAUCCUAUUUAUUUCUUCCUUUUUAUACAAACGUAUGUGUUUCUGUUUCUGUAUAGUUAUCAGACCGCCUGGAAGGCCAAUAACCUCAAGUUAAAAUAAUAAUGUAGAUAUUUCAAAAUGAGAGAAAGUCAUUUCUCCUUUGAGUUGAUUUUACUUCACCCCCAUUUUUCUCUCUCCCUCUCCCCCCACUCUUUCUCUUUCUCUGUCCCUU